ACUCGGGACCGGCUGAAGACCAUGGCUCAGUCUGACGGCACAGAUGAAGCUAGCAGUGCAAACAUGAUCGCAAAGCUUAUCGCCUACUUUGAAGACCCCCACUCAGGGGAUAGCCACACACUUCUGGAGUGCUCUGACACAGUGGGACCGGGAAGUGACCCUUUGAACCUCAGCAUGAAUCACAAUCCUCCUCUAGACAUCUCAUCAGCCAUCAGAUCAGUCACUGCAAUGGGGACGUGGAAUUUUGGGAAAAUGCAUGCUCUGCCAAAAUUGUUCUCAGUUCCUGCACGCAGCGAAGAUGACUCGCAUUCAACUCUGCUGACGGAUCAUGAUACAAGAGAAGAAGGGCCCGAAUAUACGGAGGAGGAGGAAGUGCCGAGUGUGUCCUUCCGAUCGAAGUACAUUCACGUCUUCCCCCUCUAUCAGGACUACUGUCUGCAGGAGGUCAAAGAGGACCUCCAGCGACUCAACACAAAGACCUCCCUGUCUGAGCUGGUCUCCCCCCAGUACCUGCAGGGUCUGCAGUCCCGUCUGAGCCCUCAGCAGAGCUCACCCAAGCAGUCGUCGUCGUCGUCUCCUGAUCGCCAUUUGAUCCGAGUGGUCCCGUGCACCUUGUGGCAGGACCUGGAGGAGGUGAAGGAAGCUGGUCUGCUGGGCCGCCUGACCCCUGGACAGAUUCGCCUUCAAGAGUGCAUGUUUGAGUUGAUCGGUUCGGAGGCAUCUUACCUGAGGAGCCUGCGCGUCGCUGUGGAUCAUUUCUGCGCUUCCAAGGCCCUCAAAGGCACCUUGUCUCAAAUGGAGCAUCACAUUUUGUUCUCCAACAUCCGUCACGUGAAGGCAGCCAGUGAGACGUUUCUCAUGGACCUGGAGAUGCGCCUGGGGGAGAGUGUGUUCAUGUCUCAGCUGGGGGACAUCGUGCUGGAGCACAGCCCAGCCUUUCGUACGCACUAUGUGCCCUACGUGACCAACAUGAUGUACCAGGAGGCUCUAGUCAACCGGCUGCUGCAGCACAACCGAGACUUUGUGUCGUCUCUCAAGCAGCUCGAAGGCGAGCCAGUGUGCCAAAGACAAAGUCUGAAGUCUUUCCUCGUCCUUCCCUUCCAAAGAAUCACUCGCAUUAAACUCAUUCUGGAGAGUAUCCUUAAACUGACUGAAGCAGAGUCCGAAAGUGUGUCCUAUCUUGAAAAAGCAAAGGAGGUCAUCCAUGAGAUAGUGAGGGAGUGCAACGAGGGUGUCCACAAAAUGAAGCUAAUCGAGGAACUGGUCGUCUUGGAGAUGCAGCUGGAUUUUGGCAAACUGAAGGCGGUUCCUUUGGUGGUAAGCGGACGUUUUUUGGUGCAUGAGGGUCCCUUGAGCCGGCUGACUGUGGAGAGUGGCUACAGCACGAGAACAUAUCUCACUCGUGUCCACCUGCAUCUCUUCAAUGACCUUUUGAUCAUCUCCUCCAAAAAGGACCAGCACUUCCUGGUGGAGUACCACGCAGACUUCCCAACACACGUGCACGUCGCACAGUUGAAGACGGAAGCUCUAGGUUUCCCACCAGAGUCGUUCCUGCUGCGUCUCUCGCAGACACACACCGGACGUCCUACAGCCAUGAUACUGGUGGCACACAGCAGGUGUACUGUGCCCAGAUUGAAAGGAGGUGUGUUGAGCACGUUUCCUAUUUUAUAUUGGCUGCCUAAAUACUCAAUCUGGGACUAUGGCAUGCCGGAUCUCAUCUCUGGUAUUAGUGUGGGAAUCAUGCACCUGCCACAAGGUAUGGCGUACGCAUUAUUGGCUUCCCUGCCGCCUGUAUUUGGCCUCUACACGUCCCUCUAUCCAGCUCUCAUUUAUUUCUUUUUUGGAACAUCACGUCAUAUUUCCAUAGGUACGUUUGCCGUGCUCAGCAUCAUGGUGGGCAGUGUGACCGAGAGACUCGCUCCAGAUAUUGAUUUCCUUAAAACGAAUGGGACAAAUGUCACCGAAGAGGUGGACAUAUCUGCACGGGACUCAUACAGGGUGCAGGUGGCGGCUGCUACCACUGUUCUGGCCGGACUUAUUCAGGUUGUGCUGGGUUUCGUCAAGUUCGGUUUCGUGGGAACGUACUUGUCCGAGCCUCUGGUGAGGGCGUACACGACAGCGGCUGCAGCCCAUGCAGUGGUUGCUCAGCUGAAAUACAUCUUUGGAGUGUCGCCAGCGCGCUUUAAUGGGCCGUUGACGCUGGUGUAUACCCUGAAGGACGUUUGCCUCUUGCUGCCGCAGACCCAUCUCCCCACGCUGGCCGUCAGCGUGGUGUCCGUGGUGUUUCUGAUUGCGGCAAAGGAGCUCAACUCCUUCCUGAGCCCCAAGCUGCCAGUUCCCAUCCCAGUGGAGCUCAUCACAAUUAUGGCAGCAACUCUGAUAUCAAACUAUGGUCACUUAAACAGAAACUACACCGUCCCAGUGGUUGGGGAAAUACCGAGUGGCCUGAGUUCUCCCAGAGUGCCAGACGUCAGCCUUUUUAAUGAAGUUAUCGGUGAUGCGUUUGCGCUGGCCCUCGUUGCCUACGCCAUCUCCAUUUCACUCGGAAAAACAUUUGCACUCAAGCACGGAUACAAAGUAGACAGCAACCAGGAGCUGGUGGCCCUGGGUCUCAGCAAUACAGUGGGGGGCUUCUUCCAGUGCUACGCUGUGUGCGCCUCCAUGUCUCGGAGUCUCAUUCAGGAGAGCACUGGCGGGAAAACACAAAUGGCUGGGAUAGCAUCGGCUGUAAUUGUGUUGGUGACGAUACUGAAACUUGGUCCCCUUUUCCAGGAGCUUCCAAAGGCUGUCCUGGCAUCGAUUGUCUUUGUGAAUCUGAAGGGUAUGUUCAAACAGUACUCGGACAUCAUUACUCUGUGGAGGAGCAACAAGACCGAUUUGGUGUUGUGGCUGGUCACAUGGGUGUCCACUCUGCUCUUCAACCUGGAUCUGGGCCUUGCAGCGUCCCUUAUGUUUGCUUUGCUUACUGUUAUCUUCAGGACACAACUGCCCACAUACUCUCUUCUGGGAAACGUUGACGGUUCAGAGCUGUAUGUGGACAUGGAGACUCACCGAGAGGUGAGAGAGAUUCCAGGCAUUACAAUAUUCCGCUCAUCUGCUACGGUGUAUUUUGCUAAUGCCGAGCUCUACCUUGAGGCCUUGAAAGAAAAGAGUGGCCUUGACAUCAGUAAAAUGAUUAUCUACAAGAGGAGACAGGAGGCCAAAGAGAAGCGGCGACAAAAGAGAGCAGAGAGACGAGCAAAGAGAAAAGCCAAGAGAGAGAGACGUGCCGAGCAAGCAGCAGUGUUCUCCGUGGAGGAAGAGGCCAAGAACUGGAGGGACACAAGCGCGGAGAAGGAUGAACAGAACCGGGCCGGGAGGGAAAACGGCACGGUGUUUGUAAAACCCACCACACCAGAGGGUCAGUGUCGAUGGGAAUACUUAAAAGGAUGCAAUCCGGACAGCGCCAGCUUGGGGUGGAUGUCUGAGCGGAUGGACGGGGACACCACCACUCUGGGCUCCAGCACUGAGGACACGCUGAGUCGGGACCUGGAGCGGAUCUCUCUGGGGUCUCUGGGCAAAUGGAGCUGGGACAUCCACUCCAUCAUUCUUGACCUCUCCACGGCCAACUUCAUCGACACGGUGGCCAUCAAGACCAUGAAAAAUAUUUUUCAAGACUUCAGUGAGAUUGAUGUUGACGUCUACAUGGCGGGUUGCCAAGCUUCUGUGGUCCAGCAGCUGGAGCUUGGCCACUUUUUCUCAGAGAGGAUCACAAAGAGACAUCUGUUUGCAUCCGUCCAUGACGCCGUACUCUUCUGCCUGGACCACCGCGGAGCCUCGUCGUUCCCCAAAUACGAGCGUUUCACAGAUGGGGAUGGAAGCACCAAACUUUAGGACCUCAAGCCACACAGGACAUGCAGCUCCAUCAUCUGAAGGUGGGGAAAGACCUCCCAACAUCUAAUGGAACAUUUAGCACACACGUAUUCAACUAAUAAUGCAACGGGAAAAGUAUGGAACAAACAUCUACUGUAUGUGUAUUAUUUAAUAGUGUGUAUUAUUUAAUAAUGAUACCGCUGGUAAAUUCAAAACCCAAACAAGACACUGAAGUUUGAUUGAACUUUAUUAUUCCAUGUGGGAAAUAAAUAGAGCACGUUAGAAAAAGAAAAUAGAAUAUCUCAACCAUACUUUGUGUAUUACAAUCAAAAAUAAAGGAUUCAAGGAACAAAGACAAGGCAAACAUGCGUCACACGGACUGUGUGAGUCUUUUUUUUUGGUCAUGGCAGCAAGAACCAAGUGAACAAGUUCUACUAAAAGACUUCAUGAGCAAUCUCAGUCAAGUGCAAUUUUUAGAGCAACAGCAAAACAUGUAUUGCUACUUCAUGCAAAGGGAUUUUUGGAUGCGUUUUUCUUAGUGCAACAUUCCAAAAACGGGAAGAGAAAAACUAGGGAUGCUCCGAUCGACAGGCCAACGAUCAGUAUCGGCCGUUUUCCAUGAAAAGUCAUGUGAUCGGCAUAUGCCGAUAAAUGCCUUUCAACGCCGAUCACCUGUGGCUCAUACGGCAGACGACAGCUAACGCAGCCAAAACGCUGGACGGCACUUGGCCGUAUGUGCGUGACAGUCUGGAGGUUGAGCAAAUAACCCGAAAAAUGACUGAAUUCAUUGGACGACACGAGCAGCCUUUGUCAGCGGUGGAAGACACCGGGUCCUCUCACUUGGAGCCCACCUAUGUGCUACCUGGAAGUCCUGCUAGAGCUCCACCAAUGUACUCUCACGUCCAAAGU